UCCAGUCCGGGAUUUCCGUUGAGCCGUUGUGUGGCGCGGUAGUACAACAAAAGACAGUCGUCUGUAGCUAAACCUUUAUUAUAGUUGAUUGGAAUAUAUUUUUUUCUUGUCUCGUGAUUCCGAGUGCUUCAGUAUUAUUUACAGAAGUUUCAGAUGAUCUUUCUUUGGACUGAAACGACAUGAAAGGAGCCUGAUACUAGUGAACAGGUUCAUGUUUAUGGUGCAAGCGUCCCUUUUUUGCGGGAACCGCAGAGCCUCCGUGUGGGGCUAGAGGACCAUGUUCCGCCCUGGAGGAGAGAGAGACUUCCAGACGUCGGCCCGAAGGAUGGGAACGUCCCUGCUCUUCCAGCUGUCGGUUCAUGAGCGCGAGUUGGACCUCGUGUUCCUCGAUCACAGCUAUGCCAAGCCCUGGAACGCCCACCCGGAUGCUAGCAGUGCCCGGCCCACCCGCAUGCUGUUUGUCACGCCUCGACGGCAACCGGACCCUUCUGUUGAUUCGGACAUUUCCAUUGACGUGGAGAUGGUCAAACCCACUCCAAUGCCUCUCUAUGACAAUCAGAAAGCUCGUAGUGUGAUGAACGAAUGUGAACGUCACGUUCUGUUUGCACGAACCGUCGCUGAUGGACCACCUCCUCCCGAUGAUUGGGAAGAACACAUUAACAAGGCUGGCUGGUCGUUGGCUCAGAACAAGCUCUUCAAUAAAGUAUUAAAAGCCCUACAGGCAGAAAGACUCGGAAGACUUGCCAACGAUGGUGCCUGUAAUGAACCUGUCUUACGCAGGAUAGCUGUGGAUAAAUGUGCUCAUAAGGUACGGCACGCUCUGUCCAGUGUCAGCUGGGACAUAAAGCUGACGCAGUGGCUGCAUAGCACACUUGUGGAGUCUUUGAGUCUUGCUAUGCUGGCGGCCUACCUUGAUGUACUGCAAACACUCAAAAGCAAGGUACCAUCCCUGAUCGACAGGAUGUUGCUGUCAUCGUCUGUAAAAACCGGAGCUGCGGGGACUGAGGCUCUUUCUCUGCUCCUUAAACGCCCAUGGGACCCUGCUGUGGGUGUACUCUCACACAACAAACCAAGUAAACUUCCUGGAUCUCCACUGAUCCUGUUAGCUCCAUCAGGGCCAACCAACUCUGCCUUCUCUACCUCUCGGCGAAUGAGAUUCUGGCAAUCUCAGCUCUCCUGUCUAGGGAAGGUCAUUCCCAUAAAUGUUCAUGUGGGCAGUGGAGCCAACAUCGGAAUCACGCAGUGUUUAGAGCACAUGAUCGGCACAGUCCGAGGAAAGGUCAUUGAGGUUCAUAGUCACUUCCCCCAUAAACCGAUCAUCUUGGUGGGCUGGAAUUUGGGGUCAUUGAUCUCUUGUCAUGUUUCCCUUAUGGAGUACAUGACUGCAGUUGUGUGUUUGGGUUUCCCUCUGCAAACUGUCAGCGGGCCACGAGGGGAUGUUGAUGAUCCGCUGUUGGACAUGAAGACUCCUGUGCUGUUUGUGGUUGGUCAGAACGCACUACAGUGCAGUCCUGAGAACAUGGAGGAGUUCAGGGAAAAGAUUCGAGCUGAUAACAGCAUGGUAGUUGUCGGAGGGGCUGAUGACAACUUGAGGAUCAACUCCACUAAGAUGAAGACAGAAGGCCUGACCCAGACCAUGGUGGACCGCUGCAUUCAAGACGAGAUAGUUGAUUUUCUGACAGGAGUUUUGACCCGUGCUGAGAGUCAUGGUCAUGGCUCUGGUGAAACACGAGAUUUGGAUGCAGAGAAAAAGAAGAAACCACGCCGUGAGCUGCCCUUUGAUCUUGAGAGGUCACGACCCUCUUCACCUGCUGUGAGGGUACCCAUCUCCCCAUCUGGAUCAGAGGAUAUGUCCAGUGUCUGCAGUAGUCCUACAGCCAGUCCCAAACCCAAGACCGUCGGGCUUUCACCAGCUCAGAAAUCCAGUCUCAUCACUGCCACACAGCUUCUGAAGACCCACAUGCAGCGCUCAGGAACUGUGCUCACACACAAGCAAGCACAAGCUCAGUUCGCUGCUUUUAUGAAACAUAAUAUGCUGGUGAGGAAAAGCAUUCCUCCUGGCAGCCCUUCAUGUCUCUUUGUGCCGAUGCCCAGUGAGCAGGUGGAGGGUUUGGACCGAGACGACAUGAGGCUCCACCUCAAGAGAAGACAAACUCCCAGUCCCACUCCCAACAAAGCCUCCAAAAGAGCCAAGAUCAAAGUGACCAUCGUGUCCCACGGAGACGCGUCAGGAAGCACUGGCUCCGCUGCUCAGGACGUGGGUUUGUCAGGAAAGCCCCUCGGACUCACAGUGGGCCAGACGGUAUCGGGGGCCAAAGAGCUGUCUGAGCUUCUCAGCGCACAAAGGUCAGGAGGUUUGGCAGAUGUGUCUGGAGUUUUGGGUUCCAGUGAGGGGUCAUUUCACAGCCUUCAGGGGACCGUGAUGUCGGGUUCUUCCUCUCCUGUCCAGGCACAGGCCCCCGCCACUGCUCAAGGUCCCUCUGCCAGUAGUCUGCUUCAGGGCCUCAGCCUCAGUCUGCAGGAGAUCAACACCAAAUCCCCAGGCGUUCCCUCCACCACACAGGUGUCAGGAGGGAAGCCCCAGACUCAGGGGCAGGUGUUGAGCUCUCUCAGCUCGGGAAGCGGGACGCUAGUGCGCACGGUGCCGGUCGUGUCUACCAAAACCACAGCGAUACACCAGCUCCUCACCAACGGCGGCCUGGCCAAACUAGCCAACAGCCUGCCGGGACUGGCCCACGUCUCCACGUCUCAGAGCACGGGACUGAAAGCUCCCACCACCAUCACAGUGACGCUGCGAGGACAGCCCGGCAGGAUUCCCUCUCUCAGCCACACGGGGGCGACAGUGCCCUCUCACAGCGCUCCUGACCACCAGUGACCAGAAGCUCAUUGAAAUGGAUAUGUGCCAUCACUGAAAUCCAACAGCACAAACGGAUGAACCCAGACGAAUCAAAUGGAUUUAUACCUGGUUUAAAGACUCAUUUGCCUCACAACCUGCAAGAGCGCCCUCUAUUGACACUGUCCUGCACACAAGGCCUGAAGACUUGACUUCACACUCAUGCGUUUGUCCAUUUGUAUUAUUUUCCUUAAUCUGCCAUGAGCAAUGUUCCUUUUGUAUUUUUUAUAUUUGUUCUCCUCGUCCCUGUUUUAAUAUAUUUUUCCAUACAGCACUUCAAAAUAUAUUUAUUGGAAAAUUUCACAAACACUGUUAUUGUUCUUUAGAUAGCCUGGCUGUAACAGGCUAUUUUUUUCUUGCCGUCUACAUAAACAAACAAAAAAUGAUGUUUUGCCAGUGCAGAAUAUUUGAUUCAGUUGAUUUAGCAUAAAAAUAAUAAAAAAAAAGGAUUGUUGUUAAAAUGUUUUGCACAAAACCUGUUAUUUCCUUACAGCCAUAAAGCGCCUGAGAGAAAUGCAUCGUUAAACUGUCAAAAAAGAAAAUAAAUUCAAAACGUUUAAAAGA